AUGCCUCUAUGGUCCUUUGUGGAGUUGUCGAGCAGCUUCCUGAGCCCCGUAACCGUUGGCGUAUCUCCUUUUUUCCGGCCACUGGAGGAGCGACUUAACACGGAACCGCCAGCUGUGCGGGAGGUCGUUUGGGAAUACAUGCACUGCACGAAGCGCGCCAUCAACACGCGAAUUAUAGGGUUCUGCGAGCCAACACUAAACAAAUGUGUGGAUGAUUUGCGAUUGUACCUUAAAGCAUCAGCGGCUGGUGGGAGUGACGAGGCUUCUCUCGCGGAAGUAUUGAGGCGCCGUCGUGGUGAGGUGGAUGCGGAUUCGUUACCUUGGGAAUCACGUGCGGAGUACAAGGAGUGGCUCCGCACUCAGGGAAGGUUGAAGUGUGGGUAA